AUGAGCUACAUGAGCAGGAUGUACAUGGCGGCCGCCGUGGCGGCGGUGAAGAGCCACUCCGAUCAAGGGCAGAAGCUCAAGUCCCUCGGCCGUGUCAAGAACCGAUUUUUUUCCGGCAGGCAAGGCCCGGACGCGGCUGAUCUCCGGCCUUUAUCCGUCGUGGUUAAAUCCGGAGACGGAGCGAUUGUCGGCCCCGACAAUGAGCGGAGGAGCCAGACAGAGGAGUCUCUCCGGCAGGCCAUGUAUUUCAAUUGCUGGGGACAGGGCUGA